UGUUGACAGCGGCGGCCGCGCCGGGAGCUGCCCCGGGAAGCGCAUUGGCGGCGCCGGUUCUCCGCUCGCAGCUCCGCUAUGGCCUUCAUGGAGAAGCCGCCGGCCGGCAAGGUGCUGCUGGACGACACGGUGCCGCUGACAGCGCAGAUCGAGGCGAGCCAGAGCCUGCACUCGCACACGGAAUACAUAAUCCGUGUCCAGAGAGGAGUUUCAACAGAAAACAGUUGGCAGAUUGUGAGGCGAUAUAGUGACUUUGACUUGUUGAAUAACAGCCUGCAGAUCUCAACUCUAAGUCUACCUCUUCCUCCAAAAAAGUUGAUUGGAAAUAUGGAGCGUGAAUUCAUCGCUGAAAGACAGAAGGGACUCCAGGCCUAUCUGGAUGUAAUUACUACCCAUCACAUACUGUCUAACUGUGAACUGGUAAAGAAAUUCUUGGACCCAAACAGCUAUUCUGUAAAUUACACUGAAAUUGCCUUACAGCAUGUUUCAAUGUUCUUCCGAUCAGAGCCAAAGUGGGAAGUAGCUGAACCAUUAAAAGAUAUAGGUUGGCGAAUACGUAAGAAAUAUUUCUUAAUGAAAAUUAAGAAUCAACCAAAGGAACGGCUAGUGUUAAGCUGGGCUGAUCUUGGCCCUGAUAAAUACUUGUCUGACAGAGACUUACAGUAUGCUGUGAAACUUCUUUCUUCCUGUUCUCAUCCCUAUAUUUACAAAAUCACUUUUGCUACUGCCAACGAAUCUUCAGCGCUGGUUAUUAGACCAUUCAGUGAAAAAGGGACACUAAAGGACCUUAUUUAUAAGGCAAAGCCAAAAGAUCCAUUCCUGAAGAAGUAUUGCAAUCCUAAAAAAAUUCAAGGUCUUGAACUUCAGCAAAUAAAAACAUAUGGAAGGCAAAUAUUAGAGGUAUUAAAAUUCCUCCAUGAGAAAGGAUUUCCUUAUGGCCAUCUUCACUCUGCCAAUGUGAUGCUGGAUGGGGAUACCUGCAAGUUGCUGGAUCUAGAAAAUUCCUUAUUGGGACUUCCAUCAUUUUAUCGCUCAUACUUUUCACAGUUUCGGAAAAUUAAUACUUUAGAGGGUGUUGAUGUUCAUUGCUUUGGACACUUACUGUAUGAAAUGACCUAUGGGAGACCUCCAGACACUAUUCCAGUGGAGAGCUUCCCCCCUGCUCCAUCAGUGUUUGUUGUGUCAGUGUUGGAGUCCAUUCUGACUUGUGAAGCUCUGAAGAAUGGGAUGCCAACUGUCUCACGGCUCUUACAGAUGCCAUUAUUCAGUGACGUCCUGCUAACAAACUCUGAGAAACCACAGUUUAAGAUUCCUACUAAGCUAAAAGAGGCAUUGAAAAUCUCCAAGGAAUGCAUAGAAAAGCGAUUAACAGAAGAACAGAAAUUGAUUCACCAGCACAGAAGGCUGACAAGAGCUCAAUCUCAUCAUGGCUCUGAAGAAGAAAAAAAGAAAAGGAAGAUCUUGGCACGAAAAAAGUCAAAACGCUCUGCCAAUGAAAGUGGGGAAGAACACUCAGCCAAAUACAGCAACUCAAAUAACUCAGCAGGCUCUGGGGCGAGUUCCCCUUUAACAUCUCCAUCAUCCCCCACUCCGCCCUCCACAGCAGGAGCAUCGUCCAUACCCCCAGCACCGCCCCCGCCGCCCCUGCCGCCAGCAGCUCCUCCCCCGAGCACAGAGGUGCCGACGGCGAGGCCCGAGGUCAGCGCAGGCCGAGGAGCCUUGCUCAGCUCCAUUCAGAACUUUCAGAAAGGAACUCUGAAGAAAACACAGACGUGCGACUACAGUGCUCCCAGGAUCAGCUGAGGCCACUGGUCACUCCAGGAUUCAAUUCC